UUUCCGGUCACCCGUCUCAGUCAUACAAAUCUUAUUCCAUUAUGUCCUAUUUCACUCAACAUUUAAACGUCAAUUCAAAAUAAAACACGGGCACAGUACGACGUUAGCUAUUCGUUAAAAUUAAUUCUUGCCUGAUAGACAACUUGUGACUUCUGUCUCGCAAUUCUUGUUUAGAGUCAAACAGGACUUAUUUGUUUGUGAGAUAUUUAUUCCGCCCCACCACAAUUCCUAGGUGUAACAUGGACGGUCCCGCAGGACCAUCUCCAUGUCAAAAUGAACAGAGGAUGAACAGCGAAGCGAUGAAGAGGCUCGGGGCUGACGACUCCGGUUGUCAUUGUGACAGGACGCAGCCCGAGGUCAAGAUUAAGAGCAAACGAUACGGAAGAGGCGCUGUUGAAUCAGGAUUAACACACGAAUGCGGAGUUUUUGGGGCGAUAGGCACAGGAAAAUGGCCGACUCAGGUCGACAUACCGCAAGUCAUAUGUUUGGGCUUGGUAGCAUUGCAGCACAGAGGACAAGAAUCUGCGGGCAUAGUGACGUCAGAGGGCGUGAGCGCCCGCACGUUCAACUCGCACAAAGGAAUGGGGCUCAUUAACAAUAUAUUCAACGAUGAAGCCAUGAAGAAUCUGAAAGGCAACCUCGGGAUCGGCCAUACCAGGUACUCCACAUCGGCGGCCUCCGAGGAGGUGAACUGCCAGCCGUUCGUGGUGCACACGGCCCACGGUGCCCUCGCGGUGGCACACAACGGGGAGCUGGUCAACUGCAGCAGCCUCAGGAGGAUGGUCCUUGGCAGAGGAGUAGGUUUGUCCACGCACUCGGACUCCGAGCUGAUCACGCAGGCGUUGUGCCUCAACCCCCCCGAGGGGGAGAGCGACGGCCCCGACUGGCCCGCCAGGAUCAACCAUCUCAUGAGGCUGGCUCCUCUAAGUUAUUCGUUAGUGAUAAUGCUGAAAGACAAGAUCUAUGCGGUCCGCGAUCCUUACGGGAACCGGCCGCUGUGUCUCGGGAAGAUUUUACCUCUCGGAUCCUCGUAUAUCUACAAAAAGUCAUCGGCGCAGCAUGAAGCGGUUCUAAUGAACGGCUGCGCUAAGAAUGGCGUGGACGACAGAGCAGAGGGUUGGGUCGUAUCCUCCGAGUCAUGUGGAUUCUUAUCAAUAGGCGCCCGCUACGUCCGCGAGGUGCUCCCCGGGGAGAUCGUGGAGAUGUCGAGCCACGGGAUCCGCACCGUGGACGUGGUGGAGCGCCCCGCCGGGAACCACCAGGCCUUCUGCAUCUUCGAAUACGUCUACUUCGCCAGAGCGGACAGCAUGUUCGAAGGUCAGAUGGUGUACUCAGCGCGCAUGCAGUGCGGGCGCAUGCUCGCCCGGGAGAGCGCAGUGGACGCCGACAUCGUGUCCUCCGUGCCCGAGUCCGGCACGGCGGCCGCGCACGGCUACGCACGACAGUCCGGCAUUCCGUUCAUGGAGGUUCUGUGCAAGAACCGGUACGUCGGGAGAACGUUCAUUCAGCCCUCAACCCGGCUGCGGCAGCUCGGCGUCGCCAAGAAGUUCGGCGCGCUCUCCGAGAACGUGAAGGGGAAACGGAUCGUGCUCAUAGACGACUCCAUAGUCCGGGGGAACACCAUCGGACCCAUCAUCAAGUUGCUCAGAGACGCGGGGGCCGCUGAGGUCCACAUAAGAAUAGCGUCGCCGCCGCUGAAGUACCCGUGCUACAUGGGCAUCAACAUUCCAACGCGCGAGGAACUCAUCGCCAACAAAAUGGACUCCUUCAAGCUCGCGGAGCACGUUGGCGCGGACAGUCUGGAGUACCUGUCGGUGGAGGGUCUGGUGAGCGCCAUCCACUACAACAUGCGCACGCCCCCGGACGGCGUGGGCGGGCACUGCACGGCGUGCCUCACGGGCGACUACCCCGGCGGGCUGCCCGACGACGUCGACUGGUGAACUGCGACGCGGCGGCCCACAUCUCACCGAACUUCACUUCUCAUCGCGACUAUAGUAGAAUUAUUUUGUCCGUGCAGUUUGGGUCAUAAAACAUAACCCGGCUUGGGCGGUGAGCAUGUUGCGCGGGCGCAACGCCAUUAUCGAUAAAAAUAAAUGAGUUAUCGAAAGCAGGUACAGGCGGCGGGGCGGCAUACGAUGGGUGGUGAGACAUUGUUAUGUUAACAGUCAUCUGUUGUACCUACCUGCAAAUUAUAGUAUAUAUGUCGAAGAGAAAUGUGAUUUUGUGCAUUCGCUCUCUGAGUUUCUUUAGUGACACAAUGGCUACUCCUUUGUUUUGUACCAAAACGACAGAAUUUAUUCAAAUAUUUAGCUUGUUGGCAAAAAUAUACCAGCAAAAGCACGUGUUAUUAUAAACAAUGUGUUACAAUUUUUCACUGAAAUGAGAAUAGAUCCCGAAAAGUUACAAAGUGUUAAUUUCUGCCGUUCUCGUUAACUCGCUGCGGCGGUAUGUGGUGUAAGUGUUCGAUUAGCGAUUUUUUCUUUCAUUUUAUCACUAACCCACAAAAUGACAAAACUAAAUACACUAUCGAUAACGCAUUAUCGACUACAAUAAUGCGCAUCACUAUGCCCGGCCAUAAGGCUCCUGAGUGGAAGAGAGAACGAAAUACUCGCUUCACCGCUCCGAUUUUUUAUGACCCAAACUGCACGGACAAAGUAGUUCUACUAUAGUGACAUCUCGUUGCAACUACUGCUGACAUGUCGACCGUAAGCUGCCAAUACCUCCUAACUACUCUAUCGCCUUUUCGUAUUAAAGGCUUCGUCAAACAGAACGCAUACUUAGCGCUGCGUUUUAACGUCGCACUAUUUUCAUGUCACACAAAUUGACACAACGCAGUCCAACACUCCUUGACGCAACGUAACAUUCGCCAAAUCAUAGUGCCUUUCGGUAGCAGUGUGAAAAUUUAAAAGUAUUAAGAUGUCGAGUGAUUCAGAUGUGUCAUUGUAUAAGCAUGGGUAUUUUCUAACUAUUUCUAUAAAAUUUUCGGGCAUUAUCUAGAAUUUUAAUACAUAUUCACUCGGAAGCUAAAAUAAAAUUUGUAAAAGAUUACAACGCUUGAUGUGAAAGCGGCCUAACGCCGCGACAGAGCGUUGCGUACUUAUAAGGCUGGGGCUCUGUUUGACAGUAUGUUACCCUAUAUAGGAGUACAACACAUCUCGGCGUCAUAGCGCGGCGUCAGUUUACGCUCUGACGCGCACUAACUACGCGUUCUGUUUGACGAAGCCUUAAAAGUGUACAAUUGUCCAAAAAUAUUCGAAAUUGAGUUAAUAUGCGUAAAAAAAUUGGUAUCACCAGUAUUUUUCUCAUAAAUACCGUCAAAAGAGCGUAGUUUAGGUUUAGAUUAUUUUUUUAGUUUACCCAUGUUUUGACUACUAUUAACAAAAUUUUAUACAUAAUUUUAUCUUACUUUAAAAGACAGAUAAUGUAAAUGGUAAAAUAUUUUUUUUGCAAAUAUUGCAAAUUUGAUUAAUAUUAAAAAUAUUACAUGUUAAACCUUUAAGACACUCUCCUGUAAAAUUAGUAAGUUUUGAGAUUAUACAGUUUUAUUCCGAGAAGACACUAUGUGCUUAUUGCGAGUUUAUUAACGUUCUCGAUAGCGUAAAAGUUAACUCAUAUUUGUAUGGAAUAGGAUCGUUUGCGUACGUUUGCCGCUAGGGGCGCUGUCCCAUCUGCAUACUAAAUUGGCUUAACUUUUACGCUAUCGAAAACGUUAAGAAACUCGCACUAAGCACACUGAUGGGAAGUUUACAGGAGACCAUAAAAAGUUAACAAAACACGGAUGGUAUUGAUGAACCCAAAAUCCAAGCUUAUUAUUUUUACAGUAGUUCUAUAUUGCUAAGAAGAAAACAUUCAAAUCACGUCACGUCCAUUUAGGGCUGUAAGUAAAAUAAUCAAUUAAAUGUUAUUUCUUAUUGGUGUAAGUUCUUAAAAAGAAAACAAAUAAUAUUUUUUUAAAUAAUAUAUUAUUACAAAAAUACAAAUAAAAGUAGCCACUGCUAUCUUUAAGAAAAAAAAGCUAACAUAUGGCGCAAAAUAAUAAAAAUUUCAGCAAAAACGUCAGUUGGGAGGUAUUGGCAGCUUACGAUCGAUAUUCUAUUAAUAUUUUUGUUUAGUUUUAGAUAAGUAAACAUCUCCUGUAAAGUCAAAAGCUAAUAAUGAUUUAUUAAAACAAAAUAUAAAUCCCAAUUAUCAUAAAUUCUAACUAUAAAAAAAAUGUAAUGUUGGCACAUUACUUAAAGGAUUUCUUUGACAUUAAUAAAAUUUUACUAAAAACUAGAGAUAACGUAUGCACAGGUCUAUAAGUCGUAUCCGGUACAACGGAGUUGGAAUUUAGAGUUUUGAAGCUUGGAUAUCAUUUUAAAUACACAAUUAUCAUUUAUGAAUACUAAGUACUGUAAUAAUUAAGCACUCACAAGUUCAAUUUAAUAGUUUCAUGUAAUGUUCUGGGUAAUAAAUAUGGGGAUUUCCAAAAGUUUAUCUAUAGAGUUUUUUGAUGUUAAAUAAGUUAUCAGGGGGAGUGGGAGCAUAGAAGUGAUUGAUUUUAAAUACUGUAAAACCGCCAAAUCAAUAUUUACAGGCCAUUGUAGUAGCUUAAACUUAAAAAAUCAAUGUAUAUUAUUUUAUCUUUAAAUUUUAAUUAAAAAAAAUACAUUUUAAAACUGCAAUAACUCGAAUGAUAAUAAAUAUUUGUAUGUACGAUUUGUAAAAUAUAUCAAAAUAUAUAAUUGGUAUUUCUAAUGUUGUACGACAGAAAUGCAAAAAAAAACCAAGUCGAAAUUUUUUUAAUAGCUUAUUAUGGUUAAAAAAAAAGAGUCAAUCUGUGAACAAGCUCUCGGGGCGUUCAGCUUUAAGUGUUAGAGCCCGGAUACAACAAAACAUGGAUGUCGAUACACACCUGGAGAUAUGAGGUCCAAAUCUCAAUUGUAUAGUGCGAAGAAAGGCACUGGUUUUUUGCGGGAGAAAGUGGUGGUACGUACUUGUGCUACUCACAAUAUUGUCGUAUUAUUGCAAUAUUUUGGUAUCAAUUAGAAUUAUAUGCAAAAAUUGGUCUGAAUGUUUACAUUCCUCACGUACUGAGUAGUCAAGAAAAUUUAAUGUUUUAUUUAUCUAUGUAUAGUACUCUCAAGGCCACAAAACUAAAGUGAGUUUAUCGGAUUACAUUUUUUUGUUAGAUUUUGACUAAACUGUACUUACUGGUUACGAUCUUGGACCACAGAGGUGCGGUUUGUCACAGCGAACCUUCCUCAUUUUACCGUCUACUCUUGUCCGGUUGAAUAAUGAAACCAUUCAUCGAUCUAGUAUUUAGUAUUUUUAUCCUACACCAUUGAGUCAAGAAUAAAUCCGUAAAGAUUGUCUAUAUCUAUCAUAGGUCAAUGACCAAUCAAUAUCUCAUGACGAUUUGCACUUUCGCACGCGUCUGUACAGGCGCUAACGAUCUACUUACAAGUAAAGCGGACGGUGAUAUAUCGUCCUUAUUAAAUACGUACAAUGUUAAUUGCAAACUCUUAAAAAUAAGCCAUUAAAUAUCCAAUGACCUCAAGGUACAACUUUAUACUUUAUUGUAAUUGUUCGGACAUACACGACGAACACAUAAAAAGAGUGCAUUUAAAAUUUUAUAUAUAGUAUGUUAUGUGAAAAACCUUAUUUAUGCAAUAUGAGACACUUAUGUUAUUAAGGGCUGUUCAGAAUGUGCCUUGAUAUUAUCUAGACUUGAAUGUUAUAGAUAGACAGAAUUGUUAAGCCAAGCUCUCGUAAAUAUGAUUUUUAUGAAUUGCAAUUAAAAUUAGAUCCUUCGAUUUCGAUCUAAAUGUUUUUGGUUGAUUAUAAACGAAAAGAAUAUCAUUCAUUUAAUGUAUAAUAUUCAAUAAAUUUAAUUAUUGUUUCAAUAAAGUAUAUCGAUUUUAAUGUCUGUUUCCCAACCCUCAGCUAAUAUUAUACUUUCCGAAAUCCAACAGUAAUACAUUUUUAUAUACAUAAAUAUAAUAUAAUAUAAAUAUAAUAGUAUAAUUUUGUUACUUGAAACAUUUUUAUUACAUAGGGCUCGGAUUCAAGCAUUAUUUUGAAGAUAAUUGUAUUUAUUGUGUCUUCCAAAACCAUAGGAAUAUUACAAUAUAUAUUAUACAAUGUUUUUAAUUUUCCUGUAAUGAAAUUUAGUUAUCUUCACUAAAUAUAACUUAUUAUUAGAAAGAAAUUCUCGAAUAUUUGCAUGUAGGGUACAUGUACUCUUCUUAAAUGUAUCCCUAUUUUCUGGAGGUAAAAAAUUAUCAAGUACAUUGUAUUUUGUAAAUCUAAUAUCAACACAAAUGUAAAAGUUCCUUUACUGUACAUUCCCUGAAUUAACAAAUACUAGUUAAGCAACUAACAAAUGUAGUAAUUUUAUUUAUUGGCCAUUUACAUAUAUCUAUUUGUUAUCUGGGUCUAGUGAAGUCGAUAUAACUCACUGUUCAUGUUAAAUUGUCUUUGAAUACUUCUCUCAGACGAUGGAGAGAAACCGGCCGAUAUAUUAAAAUCAUAUUUUUAGUCUUAAGAUAUUAAAAUUAUUUUUUUAUUUAA